CAACUCUUCCGAUAAACUGACAGUUGACGGGUUUUGCGGCGCUAUUCGCGCUGCUCACUUCAGGCGCAACUAGGAGGGAAUAAUUUUUCUAGCAGAGCUUUGUUUUUCCAUGAAGAUCCCACGAGACGUGCGAGGGCUGUUUCCGCGGAGAGAACGCUGGGACCCCCGAGGUUGGUAAUUCCGUCGACGAAUCUCUCGGCGAAGCCUCGUAGAGGAGCCCGCUCUUCACGGAUAUUCGUCCCAUCACCGGAUUUCGCGACAGCGAUCGAGAUAACGGAGGGCGACCGAAUCGCUGAUAGAACUGGCAAGUACAUGGAAAUGCCAAGGUUUUGCAGCUCCAAAUUAUCACUCUCCACUGCCUGAAAUCCCCGUUUAAAAGCUCGGUGUUGCGACGGAUGAGAGGGUGCCAGUGCUAGAUGAUAAGCCACAGCAGAGCAAAGCGAUUCGGGGCUCGAGGCGAGGGUAGGCCAGGAUUCUUUGCAAGAGCACAAUAGCUGCCGCCACGGCUUUCACCGAGAUGGUUGGACUGGCGGGCGGGGGAGGUCACCUCUAUCCCUCGCCCCCGAUGCAGCCUAGUACUGAAUUGAGAGAGAUGACAGGGAUUGCACCCAGCGCACCGACCAGUGCUGAUGCUUGCCUGAGCAUAGUUCAUUCAUUAAUGUGUCACAGACAGGGUGGAGAGAGCGAAGGAUUCAGCAAACGUGCUAUCGAGUCUUUGGUUAAAAAACUGAAGGAAAAACGUGACGAAUUGGACAGUUUAAUAACGGCCAUCACAACAAAUGGUGCACAUCCUAGUAAAUGUGUUACAAUACAGCGGACACUUGAUGGGAGGCUCCAGGUUGCUGGGAGGAAAGGUUUUCCUCACGUCAUAUAUGCCAGGAUCUGGCGAUGGCCGGAUCUGCACAAGAAUGAACUCAAGCAUGUCAAAUACUGCCAAUUUGCAUUUGAUCUCAAGUGUGACUCGGUAUGCGUUAAUCCAUACCACUACGAGCGAGUCGUAUCACCUGGCAUAGAUCCAUUCUUUACAGACCUUUCCGGAUUAACCUUGCAAUCCGGAGUCGGAGUAGGUCCAGGUGGACGUCUCGUCAAAGAUGAAUACACUGUCGGGGGUGGAGGAGCUGGAGCUGGGGGAGCUGUAAGUGUUGGUGUAGUGGGACCGGGAACAGGAAUGGACGUCGAUGGAGAGAUGAAUCAAACGAUUCAACAUCACCCUCCGCCACCACCACCAGCUGCAAAUAAUCCACAACCACAACAACAAGCAUUCAUGCCUGGCCUAGGGCCACCCAAUCCGACCAGUGGCGAGGGUAUGUUUGGCGGGGGUGGGGGCGGGAAUAGUGGAAAUCCUCAUGGCAAACUGGAAGAUAGUAAUUGUCCCCGGCAGACGUGGAUCCCUACGCCUCAUCAUCCUUCGUCGCGUAACAUGCACCAUCCAGUUGUUCAUCCAAUGAGUCAUGCUGUAAACAACCAGCAACAGUCUCUAAAUCCAGCUGGUGGCAGCGGAGGGCAGAUCUUGAGUCCCACUCAGGGACAGACUACGGAGCCCUUUUAUGGUACUGCCACGCCACCUCAAGAGCUUAACCAACCACCGACAAGUGUAGAUGCUUUAGCAGCUUCUCUUGCAGGUGGCAGCCAAUCUUCACCCGUAUCUCCAGUUCAUUUGCACCAUCAGAAUGGGUUCACAGUUGCUUCGGCUGCUAACCCUUACAACACCGGAGCACCACAAUGGACAGGAGCGAACACUCUUACGUACACUCAGAGUAUGCAACCACCCGACCAUAGACAUCUCCACACAACUUCUUAUUGGGGAGGCCAUGGUGGUGACGUAGGGGGCAGCAUAGGUGGGCUGCUGUCGACUCAGCCUGCUCCGGAGUACUGGUGCUCCGUAGGCUACUUCGAGUUGGAUACUCAGGUUGGAGAGACGUUCAAAGUCAGCAGUGGGUGUCCCACAGUCACCGUGGAUGGCUACGUUGAUCCAAGUGGUGGAAAUCGAUUUUGUCUCGGGGCUCUUAGCAAUGUCCACAGAACGGAACAGAGCGAACGGGCGCGUUUGCAUAUAGGAAAAGGGGUUGUUCUGGAUCUCAGGGGUGAGGGUGAUGUCUGGCUUAGAUGUCAGAGCGAACACAGCGUCUUCGUCCAGUCUUAUUAUCUGGACCGGGAGGCUGGCCGGGCUCCUGGCGACGCCGUCCACAAGAUCUAUCCUUCGGCCUACAUCAAAGUCUUCGAUUUGCGCCAAUGUCACAAACAGAUGAGAGGACAGGCCGCAACCGCGCAGGCUGCGGCUGCGGCUCAGGCCGCUGCAGUUGCUGGUCAUCUGACGCACGGUGCACCGAUCACUAAAAGUCUCAGUGCAGCAGCUGGCAUCGGGGUGGAUGAUCUUCGUCGACUCUGCAUCCUUCGGCUGAGUUUUGUCAAAGGCUGGGGACCCGAUUACCCCAGGCAGAGCAUAAAGGAGACUCCGUGCUGGAUCGAGGUGCACCUCCAUCGGGCCCUUCAACUCCUGGACGAGGUCCUGCACACGAUGCCCAUAGACGGGCCUCGGGGUAUCGAAUAGUAGAGCAGCUAAUAAAGACAAAGAUGACAAGUCAAGGGUAAUGGGGAACCGACGGGAUCCUGGCCUGCGCCAUGGCGCGAAUGCACAACCUGAGGGUGAACCAAAUCCAUGUACGUUUGUACUCUACGAGCGUGGAAAAUGUUAAAAGAGUAUGUUACGCGUUACCACGACGCUUAGAGGCUAUGAUAGAGACGGGGUCGCCGAGGAAGAGCUCCGCGCCAAGUGCGAAUCGAAUACCUCCACCGAUGAUGUGAACCUACGGUGCAGUAUUCCAUUCGACAAGAUCUUACGAAACAAUCUCUCCGUAGUGUCAUUCAGAGAACACUCAGAAGACACUUCCGCAUGAUUUGGGUUAUUCUUAUACAGAGCGUUUGAAUUUUGGCCAUCGUAGGAUUUCUCGAAGGACAGUUUUAUGUGAAGUCAAAUGCUCCGUAAGGGAAUAAUUCAGUCUGUGAGGAAUGCUUGACAUAUGUACAAUAUAUAUAUUAUAUAUAUAUUAUGUAAUGUGUAUAUUAUACAUAUUAUAUGUAUAUUGCGUGGGUUGGAACGCUUUUCUUGGGGAUGCGUUUCAAUUCGUGCGGACUUUCAAGCAGGUGAUGUCAGUGCGAAGGAGCACUUGCUUCGUGGCUCUGGGCUACCGUCAUUGUACAAAAGCACCAAUGUCGGAUGAUAGUGAUACACACGUUGUUGUGCUGAGUUUGUCCUUAGUUUGGGUGCCGUGCUACAGGUACGAAAAAAAUUGCCAGGAAGUGGCAUCUCUUGUUGAUCGUCUCUGCGAUGCAGAGGUGACGAGAGCUGUUUUUUCCUGUCGAAGCCUCUGGCGCGCAUGGACAUGUGCGCGGCCCGAAACGCGCGACUCGAAACCAUUGAUAGCUUUCCUUUCAACGUUAGACUCGUGAACAAUAGCUUAUAGUAGAUGAAAAGUAUCUUAUUACUCCGUGGGUCCGCCGCUCCUUGCUUGUACCGAACGGUGACACUUAUUACACCGGUAAGAAACGAUUGCGGGCGCGCAGUGCUGUCUUUAAGGUGAUUUAUAAAAGUGACGUCUAAUAGAUCACGUUUAUGAAACUUUCUUCCUAACCUCCGAUUCGUUUGAAAUCUUACAUAUAGAAGACGUAAGGUCUCGAUGAAAUUUAAUUAUUAAAAAUUCAUUAAUAAAUGCUUUUUAAUUUUUUUUUAUUCGGAAGAUUCAACGAGUCAAGACCUUUUUUAGAGCCUGCACAUUCACGUAAGACUUCAAACGAUUCGGUAGAUCCACUUCGAUGAAAAGUUUCAUAAACGAUCGAUCGUUCAAGUGCCAUGAUUAUGUCAUCUCGAAAGCAUCGGGUAUCUGGAAUUCAUAUUUGUUUCGUUAUAAACGAUAAUUAGUUACGUUUCGCAACGCUCAAGUCGAACUGUCAUGCCUCCAAUUUCACUAUUAUUACGGGACAUUUGUUAAAAGCAAUUUCUGGGCUGGUCUUCCGCUCGACCUGUUAACCAAUAAAUUCGCUGUCAGUCAAUGACAGUUUUACCAUGCCGUUGCAUAAAUAAUAUCGAUCGAUGCACUCGAGCAGGAUACCAGCCAGGGGUUUACUGUUUAUCGACUAUUUUGUUAUUACGCGCUCGUACAAAAUGUUCAUAUAAUACAUUAUAUUUGAUAACGUGAUUAACUAGUACUGGAGCUGACCAAAUUUUUUAUACUCGUACACACUCGAGCAUGCGCAGUACACUCGAAGCGAAGGAGAGGCGAGCACCAUUCAUCUGUAGAUAAAGAAUUGUUUUGUCGCUUGUUCUUACGUGAUUGACACGCACUGCGUAUAUAUAUUUCGAAUUUUUGCUUUGUUGUACUCGAUUAGAGUUUAUUUAGCUGCAUGUUGCGAGGUGUUAAUGUGUACCGCGUGACAACUGAGUUACCGUCGCGAUGAAAUAUUACUUAGUCCAAGUUAGAUUGGGAACCGUUACAUGGAAGAUCGCUUGUCACCAGAUGGAGAAUAAUUUUAAAGGGGUUUUUAAAUGUUUUAUACUUGAGAGAACUCGGAGGUUAGGGGUCGUUCUUCUUUAUAACCUUAAAAAGAAAAAUCAAUAACUUUUCUAUUUCAAUGUUCAAAGAUACCUCUCAUACCUCUUUUUUGAGGCGCCGGAUUAAUACUAUAAAGUAACAAUAAAUUUUUGUUGCAAAUUAUCAUUAAACUUUUUUUUUAUUAUUAUUUAAGAGCAGCUUGAUAAUUACCAAAGAGAGGUUUCAUUAAAUGGCGUAUUUACUGAGAUAAAAAUCCAUAAAAAUCUAUAAAAAUAGUUUCAUUUUUUUUCACAUGUAAAGUAGAAUGACCUCUUAAAGUAAAGAGACUCGAGAGUUACGGGUUUAGGUGGUCGAACAAAGUGCAAUUAAUUUCCAGGCAAGCGUGGAUUAGUCUUGGCCCGAUGUGAUGUCUUUCCAAAAUUCUGUCUAAGGUGUAAAUGAGCGAUUUUCCAUGAAAUAUAAAUAGCGGGGAAUACCGGUAGUACCAAAACUCAUUAUAGCGAAGGCAGGAGAAAUCUGUCGUAAGGAUUUUUUUGUUUAUUUACGUUAACGAUACACGACACUUACAAUAAUAUUACGCCGAUGCGACCAGGCAGGACGUGUGCUUCAUUUUGAAAAAGUUAAAAGAGAGAGAAAUUGAGAAAAAAAAUGAGAGUCCUAAGCAUACUUGAUGUCGGGUCGUAUGUUACAGGCGUACGUGCCAUCUUUUACAUACGCGUAUGUAUGUAUGUACUAUAAUAUACAAUACAUACGGAGAUAGGGCUUAGAGUCUUUUUUACAAAUCCUAUAUUUUUAUCGAUGAAGCUUCGGGGUAUGUUCGCUGACACCAAUCCUGGCACGGUGAACUAUAGGCUGCGAUAACCUCCAAAGGAGAGUGAAGAUAAAAUGCGAAAAAAAAUGAUGAAGAAGAUUAAAAGAUGCUAGGGAAAGAGAUACGUCGAAUCAAUUUUUAUACAUCGAUACAGGCCAAAUCAAUGUGUACGUCGUUUCGUGGCGACUUACCUCGAUUUUUUUACACUGAAUGUACAUACCUCGUGGCAGGACUAACCGGCGAGUUAAAUCACGUGCGACUGUGUAAACGCCGAUUAAGAGACGCGGUAGAGUCUCGCGCCAAGUGCAUACUUUUAUACAGCUACGAUCUCUUCCUCUGAUACACAACCAUCUCUCUCUCUGUUUCUUCGUUCCACGUUAUUCCUUCAAAAUCAGUAGUAGUAACGUGAAAAAACCGACGUCAAAGUGCAAUAGUCCCAUAUACCGCGUCUGAGAUACUGUAACUGAUAGGUAUAUAUAUUAACGUUAUUUAAGUAUGUACCUAUGUAAUUUAUGUUAACACCAUGGAACGACUCAUGUAAUUUAUGUUAACGUUUAGAAGACAGUUAAUCGUACUUUAAUGAACGCCCGUGUUAUAUCGAAUAUAAUAGAGACUGCUGGUAAUUUCCCUUCGUUCAAGAGAGUGAGAUUCACAUGGAGCUUCGCAGCGGAGACAUUGUGUCUCUCCGUCACUGCUUCCCUGACGUCGAUCGUAAAUUACUUUGUUCGGUCCAGUUUAUCCUUUCGGUGCUUCGAAAUGAUUUUUAAACCACUUAAGAGUUUUUUAUUAUAUUAGGUAGAAUUAUAAAAGGUUUUUUUAAUAUGAAUUGGCAGGUUCAAGGGGAGGUUUUAAUCUACAGGGAACGAGUGAGUAACCUUAAAUGGCGUCAAUGGUCCAUAAUGAGCUUCCUUUGAGAAAUUAUGAAAGGAAAGGUGAAUUGGAUCGGCCAAAAUAGACCUAAGUUGCGAUCGUUACGUUAUAUGGCGAAGCCUGUUUUUGUUUCCCCCCGUUUUUCACCAUGCGAACAACAUAGAUUCACCUUCGAACUCGUAUAUAUCUCGUCAUACCCAUAAUAUUGCACAUAUGUCACUCACAUGUCACUGAUACCAAUUUUUGUUAAUGUUAUUAAUUGGCGACAUUUAAAAUGUCUCGUUAAGGGGGCUCGUAACUAUUGACGCUGUUGAAAGUAUUCAUAUUUUAAACCGAUACAGGAAAGAAAUGGAUAUUUUUAUCGCUGUCGAUAGGUAUGAGCUCCAUUAAAUUAGUUGGCGGUCAAAAUUAGCAAGGAUGAGUGUUGCGAGAUUCACUUCUAAUCGAUAUGUCCUACGAUGACAUGAUCGAUGUAAGGUGGAGUUACGUUCACUUGGAAGUACACUGUCCAUUGUGAAGGAUCGAUUCAUAUUUCCUGCCAAUUGUGGUAUGAUUUCAAUCAUCGAGCAUCAUAUGCAUUGUAAAACACAUUAGUUACGUGAAAGUAGCACAAAGUCCCAGUCGUAUAAGGUUUCGCCGUUAUGUUCCGUUCUUGAGACUCAAAGACUUGUUUUUGGAUUUUAGAUAUGUAUGUCCCACGAGCUACAAUAAAUAUCGUUGCAAUAGGAUUACGAUAUCUAGCACUUCUGUACUUUCGACUGAUACAUGAUCGUUCGAUUCCAUCAAGACUCGGUUCAUCUUAAAUAAUGUCUGUGGCAGUCUUUUGUGACAGACCGUAAGAAUUGUCACCGAAGUCAGCUGCAACAGUGCACCGUAACGUCGCAGUAGCAAUUACGCAGUCAUUGAGAUCGUGCGAUAUGUCUGAAAGUUUCGUUAUUGUACUAUAGGAAUAUACUACGAUAUAUUAUACAUGAUCAUUUUCAAUAAACAUAUUUCACAAA